GAAAUUUGAAGAAAUGCAGAACUUUAUGAUUGGGAGGAGACAUGAAGAAUGGUUGUAGAAGUUUGAUUUAUGUGCUGAAGAUAUAAAAUUAAGUUUGUGAUGAGAUGAGAUCUGAAGUUUUCAACAAUUUGCAACUAAAAGCAAUGAGGGUUUCUUUCUGAAAAAUCUUUCACUUGAAGAACUUUGAAGUCCUCACCUAGCAGAAACAUGCCAGUGUUGUGAGGUUUGACUGAGACGGAGUUCUGUUUUUUGAGUGUUCAUGCAGAGAUGAAGGGAGGCAAUAUAAGUAGAUUUUUGGGGAGGCAUUAUUUUUUUACUUUGAUUUCUAUUCUGUUGACCACCAUUUUUCUUUGGUCUUGGGAGAAAAACCCACUUUUCACUAAUUCAUUAUCAGAAGAAAAUGAGUUCAUUUUGCCUUCGCAAGAGUCUUUGAACCCAAGGAAGCACAUUUCAGAAGAUUAUUCACAAUCACAAGUGGCAGAUGUUACAAGAAAUGUCAAAACAGAGCAAGAGUCUUUGAACCUAAGGGAGAACACUUCAGAAGAUUAUUCACAUUCACAAGUGGCAGAUGAAACAAGAAAUGUCAAAACAGAGCAAGAGUCUUUGAACCCGAUGGAUCACACUUCAGAAGUUUAUUCACAUUCACAAGUGGCAGAUGAAACAAGAAAUGUCAAAACAGAGCAAGAGUCUUUGAACCCAAGGGAGCACACUUCAAAAGAUUAUUCACAUUCACUAGUGUCAGAUGGAAUAAGCAAUGUCAAAACAGAGCAAGCUUCUGACACUGCACUAAUGAAUAUCACAGCCAUAUUGUCUCUAGACAGAAAGGACAACGACAAAAUUUCGAACUCCUCUUUUGAGAAGAAAGUUUGUAACUACGCCAAGGGCAGAUGGGUUGCAGACAGCCGGAGACCAUUAUAUUCGGGUUUUGGAUGUAAACAAUGGUUAUCAGAGAUGUGGGCAUGUAGAUUGACCCAACGGACAGAUUUUUCUUAUGAGGGAUAUCGUUGGCAGCCUGAAAACUGUGAGAUGCCGGAAUUUGAAGGGUCAGCUUUAUUAAAAAGAAUGCAGGACAAAACGAUUGCUUUUGUAGGUGAUUCCUUGGGCAGGCAACAGUUCCAAUCUUUCAUGUGCAUGGUCACUGGCGGUGAAGAGCAUCCAGAAGUUGAAGAUGUUGGAUCGAAAUAUGGUCUUGCAAAACCUCAUGGGUCCAUUCGUCCGGAUGGAUGGGCUUACUGGUUUCCACAUACCAACACCACCAUUUUAUACUAUUGGUCGGCAACCCUAUGUGGCAUCGAGCCCAUUAACAUCAGCGAUCCAUCCACCAAUUUUGCGAUGCAUUUGGACCGUCCAGCAGCUUUUUUAGAACAUUUCCUCCAUGGGUUUGACGUUUUGGUUCUUAACACAGGACACCAUUGGAACCGAGGGAAGAUGAACGCGAACCGGUGGGUAAUGUAUUUAAAUGGAAAACCGCUUCAAGAUUGGAAGCUCCAACAAAUUGGGAAUGCAAAGAAUUUAACGGUUUAUAAUGUCGUCAAAUGGGUUGAUUCGCAAAUGACUUGGCAUCCACGGCUUAAAGCUUUUUUUAGGACAAUCUCUCCGAGGCAUUUCUUCAAUGGGGAAUGGAAUACUGGAGGUAGUUGUGAUAAUACGACUCCGUUGGCCGGUGGGAGCAAAGUUACGCAAGACAAAUCAAGCGAUCCUGUUGUUGAAGGGGCAGUUAAGGGUACUAAGGUCAAGAUUUUGGAUAUAACUGCUAUUUCUCAACUAAGGGAUGAGAGUCACAUGUCACGGUACAGUAUUAAAGCAUCGAGCGGUGUACAUGAUUGCUUGCAUUGGUGCUUACCUGGUGUUCCCGACACGUGGAAUGAACUUCUUUGUGCACAGAUCUAAGGUUUCGAGGCAUAGUGAACAAAACCACAGUUCUUGAUGAUCAAAGUUGGCCUACUGUUUUUGGAUAUGUUUUUCAUGUUUUUAAUAACAGUGUGCUCUGUUUCUUGUAUUUAUAAAAGGAAUGGAAGGCGAAGUACAAGUCUUCGAAGCUUGAUGGUGAUUAUGGGGAUGAAGAACUCAGGAGGGACUUGACUCUCUCUACUGGAAAACUGAAAAGUUGGUUAUUUAUUUUUUUUAUUUUUCAUGUUGGUUGUAUGUAGGAUUACAAUGUCAUUAGUAUGAGAAAGAGGACUUCAUUGCAGACUUAAGUCUGGGCUUGGAUAUUGGAUUUGAAGAGGAAUUUGUGGAUGGGGAGAGAUUAAAUUUUUUUGUUGCUUUUCCCUUUUAACUUUUUACUCUUAGAUCCAAACAGUCUUUAUAUACUUUUGUCUGAGAAUUGUGUUAUGUAUAUGCUAUAGAAGUUUGUUAUGGGUUUAUUUAUUAACAA